AUGCUCCACCCAGCGCCCCCCCGCCGCUCCCUCUCCGCCCGCUUCGCAUCCACCAAAGCAGUCCCCGCCGCCCCCUCCCGCCAGGGCACAAACUACAAGAACCGCUUCAGCCUCACCACCACAGAACAACAGAAAGCCAACAUGCAGACCGUCAACAUCCCCUCAGACUCGGUCCCCGAGAACCUCAAGCCCAUCGAGCAGAUCGUCAAGAGGGCAAAGGAGCUCAAGCUCGCAGAGCCCGUCAUCUCGUACUGGUGCUGCUUCUCUGCGGCUCAGAAGGCGUUAAAGAUGGCCAACAGGUCCAAAGAGGAUACCAUCUUCCUCAUGGCUCUUAUCGAAGCGUUGGAGACCAUGAAAGUGGCCCUGGCCACCAAUGAAGCAAUUACCAGCGAAGCAGCAGGCGCAGCCUACGUGGAAAACUUUGCGCUCAAAGUAUUCAUGCCAACUAUUCGGAAAUUCGUCGUCGCGGGCCAAUUCAUUGAAGUGCUUCGAUGCUUCGAGCACGGAAUGACUGAAGAAAUGGAACAAAAGCUGCUGUAUGCUCGCUGGAAGGCCGCGGACGGAGCCAAGGCCCUGCGCGAAGGCCGGGUGCCCACAGCUGGUCCCCCUUUCCCUGAGCAAGACCACGUUUCUUCUCCAGCAGCUGCUGCUGUGACAUCACCCAGCCACUCCAGUCAGCUGCUCCAAUCGCCACCCCAGCACACCCCCGGAGGCGGAUCCCGUCAAAACUCCUUUUCCAACAAUGCCCGCCCGCCUGCCCCCUCUCCUCCCACGCACACCCAAAUCAUCUCUCCCCGUCCUUCUCCUGCACUCAAGGCUCGCAACAACCCACCACCUAUCGAUACCGACCCGCGCACCCCGCGGUCGACCACUUCCACCACCGGGUCCGGCGCUUGGUCCACAAUCGCUACACCGGGGCUGCCAGAUGAUGACGAAAGUCAGCUGCAUUUCGACCUCAACCGGCCGGACGCUAUGCUUCCGCCUCUGGCUCACUCGUACAGUGGCCAGGGCGGGAAACGAUCGCCCUUGAGGACUCCGAUAGAUGAAAAGAAGAAUGUGCGUUUCCUUGGCCCAGAUGGUGCGCCGCUCUCGCCGGCAUCGACGCAUCUGAGUGUAUCCUCUUAUACUGCGCCGCCGGCACCGCCUCCCACAGACAUUCCUUCUCCGGAACCGCAGCCGAAAACUUUGCCAGUGGUGGGGCCCCCACCUUCAGGCAGACCAAGAGGUGAUUCUUCAAGCUCGAGAAACGGCGUGCCCCACGUUCACAGUUCCCCGAACAAUGACGCUCAGCAAGCUCCUUCCGGUGGUAACGGGGCCACUUCUGGCUCUCGUCAGCGCACCGCACAAGUCCCAAUCCCCGGUUCCGGUUCUGGGUCUGGUUCAGGUCAAGGGUCGACGAGGUUGCCUUCCUCCGGCAACGUGCCCCCUCCGCCCCCGCCUUCAUUGAUUGGCGGCGGAGCAGCACCCAGGCCGAUGGUACAGCCUCAGUCCCAAGGUGGGGGAUUGGGAUUGUCCUCACCACCACCGAUGCAGGGUUCUGUGACUGUCCCUGCGAUUUCACGUGGCCGUUCCAACUCGCACUCGCAUGCCCAGCCCCAGUCUCAGCCCCACACGUCUUCGAGCUCAUCUCAAACCUUCGCUCCCACUCCAAAGACCAUGUCGAGAAAAGACAUCGAGUAUACUCAAAAGCACGCAAAGUUUGCAAUCAGUGCAAUGGAGUUUGACGAUUUCGAGACAGCUAGGGCAGAGUUGAGGAAGGCGAUCAAUAUGUUGGGUGGGUGA